AAUGGAGAAAGACGUUGUUUUAACUCCUGAGCUUGUCUCCAGCUGUAUAAUUCAACCUGGAUGCUUUAGCAGUGGGAUGAAUCUGUACCCCCACCUGUCAAUGCCAAGUCACAAUCUGAUGGAUGUCUCCCUGUUAUCUAAUUAUAUCCAUCUCCAAAAGCUGGAACUACCCAACAACAAAAUUAAAGACUUAUCAUGUGUGAGCCACAUGCCCUACCUCGUCAUCCUGGAUGCGUCUCACAAUGAAAUCUCUGACUUCUUUGGAUUUGAGCCACUUAAGAACCUAAAGGAGGUCGACUUCUCCCACAACCACAUGACGAAAAUGAAGGAUUUAUCAGCCUUUUCAUCUCUUGCUAAACUGAAUUUGGACCACAAUGGCUUCAGUGAGAUAAGUGGUCUAGAGCAAUGCUGUGGGCUUACCCAUCUGAGCCUGGCCCACAACAAAAUCUCAAGAAUCAGCAGUCUGGACAGACUACAUAUCACAUACCUCAGUCUUAGAGGGAACAAGCUGGAGAGAAUUGAAGGGUUGGAAAAUCUGAAGAGUCUACAGGUUCUUGACUUAUCUCUAAAUCAAAUCAACAGUCUUUGUGGCCUGGAGAACCUCCAUCUGCUGGGGUUGAUCAACAUGGAGAAAAACAUGAUUAAUGAAAUUGAGGAGUGCAAGCACAUUCAUGACCUUUUACUUUUAAGGGAUCUCAAUUUACUCGGCAACCCUGUGCAGGAGCAACCAGAUUACAGGCUAUCAAUUGUCUUUCUCCUUCAACAUCUAACUGUACUGGAUCAAGAAAAGGUCACUGCUGAAGAGAAGGUGUCAUCCAUAAACAAGUAUGACCCUCCUUUGGAUGUCGUUGCAGCCAGAGAUCACAUGAUGCACCUUGUGUACGAGAUGAUGCAGCCUCAUGUCCUGUAUGAUAGUACUUUGCCCAGUGCAGACUCUCCGUAUCCUAUGCUGGUGCUGACGGGUCCUCAGUGCUGUGGGAAGAGAGAGCUAGCACACAGACUGUGCCAGGAGUUCUGUGAAUACUUCGCUUAUGGAAUCUGUCACACCACAAGAGGACCCUACUUUGGAGAGGAGAAUGGAACCGAUUACCAUUUUGUCACUGAGGAAGACUUUCAAAACAUGAUUCACAUGGGUAAGUUUAUCCAGACAGUGCAGUAUGGGGGUCACAGCUAUGGUCUUACUAGGGAUGCAAUUGAGGAUGUGGCCAAAGAAGGACUCGCCUGCUGUGUACAUAUGGAGCUGGAGGGCGUGUUAAGCCUGAAGAACAGCUACUUCGAGCCCAGAUACAUCCUGCUCAUUCCCACCCAGGUGGAGCAGUACAUUGGUCACCUGAGCAGUCGUGGCUUUUACACACCUGCACAGAUCGACAUAGCAGUGUCACGUAUAGAGCUCUACGCUAACACCAACAGGGGUCGGCCGGGAUUCUUCGAUAAUAUCAUCCCCUGUGAUGACUGGGAAGAAGCUUACCGGACACUAAGGCAAGUGGUAAAGGAGUACCUGUUGUUAGAUGAACAGGGGAAAGGCGAGAACAACAGCAGAGCAUCCCCAGACACACAACACAGAGCCUCGAGUCCCAAACCAGAAGAGAAGCCACCCACAGACCCACUCAGGGUGGGGUCAGGCCCCAGUUCCCACUCAGUCACAGCCUUGUACCCCUCAGAUCUGUCCUACAGACACUACUGGACCCAGAUUCAGGCACAGCUCAGCCCUGAGAAGACCCCUGCAGAGCUCACCUCCAUCAGGAGACGUGAGCAGCUGGUGAGAGAGGCUCUAGUGGGGAAGAGUCCAGGGGUCUACAGCCAGCUCUUUAAAAGCUUUGCCCAGACAGCACCAUCAUCACUGCAGAAUCACAAUCCUCGUAUGCAGUUUAGUGAGGAUAGCAGCUCGGUUGAGUCUUGUGCCAGUUCAGCACUCUCUGUGGCCAGUUCAGCCGGGGCCUUGUCUGGCUUUGUGGAACCACUUGAUAUCUCGGCCCUGGGACAAACCUUGGAAGCAGAGAAAGACAACAUGGCAUCAGGCCAAUCACCUGACCCACCAUGUCCAGGCUCAGAUCAGCUACCUGCUGUUAGGACGCCUUCAUCUGAAAGACGCCCAGGAUCCAACAUCAAGCCCAUCCUUCCACCAAUCCCCACCGGGCGCAAGACCCCUGCAGCACAAAGCCCUGUUCCUUCUAAAGAAAGCCUAAAUCCAGAAGUCAGAGAGGGAGGAGACAACACGGAAGCAUAGCUUUUAACAACAUGCUUAUACAACAUUUGACAAAGUAUAUCUAUUACAUGCAAUAAAGAUCUGUUAACAA